AUGAUCCACGAUUCGAUGCAUUUUGCGAAGUAUUGUGAGGCUUGUCAAUUCCAUGCAAAUUUUAUACAUCAGACACCAGAGCUGCUCCAUCCGACAAUAGCUUCAUGGCCUAUUGAAGCUUGGGGACUCGACUUGGUUGGACCUAUCAUGCCUAAAUCAUCGACUGGUCAUUCUUACAUCCUUGCAGGAACUAAUUAUUUUUCUAAAUGGGCUGAAGCCGUGCCAUUAAGAGAAGCACAGAAGGAAAACAUUGUAAAUUUCGUUCAGACACACAUCAUUUACAGAUAUGGUAUUCCUUAUCGUAUCGUAACUGAUAAUGGAAGACAAUUCGCUAACACUUUGAUGGACAAGCUAUGUGAAAAAUUUAACUUCAAACAGUACAAGUCUUCUAUGUACAAUGCUGCAGCAAAUGGAUUGGCAGAAGCAUUCAACAAAACUUUGUGCAGUCUGCUUAAAAAGGUGGUCUCCAAGACAAAAAGAGAUUGGCAAGAAAAGAUUGGGGAAGCAUUGUGA